AUGCCAGAUCAAUCAAUCGCAAAGAUCUUACAAAAUAACAGGCACAUAGAGAGAGAUCCAUGCUGUGCGAAGGAAAUCGCUGCCCGCGUGUUACCAGCUCCAGUGGAGGUAUCUCCAAGCCAGUAUUUUGAAGGGAACGAUGGACCAUGGUCUUCGUUUGAGCUCCGCGUUGGCACUCCAGCCCAGAAUGUCCGUGUUCUUCCCGGUACCUCGUCGACAUCAACAUUAGUUGUUCUGCCCCUGGGCUGUUCGUCGAGUGCGCCGUACAACUGCGCCGAUCUUCGUGGUGGACUCUUCAAUACGAGCACAUCAACAACAUGGAGCCAGAUUGGGGAUUACAAUCUAGGGUUUGAAGCCAGUUUGGGCCAUAACGAUGCGGGGGAAUUUGGCUAUGAUACUGUCGGCCUCGGAUAUCAAGGAGGCGGAGGCCCGACGGUUAACCAUUCUGUUGUCGGCGGUGUAGCAGGGACAGAGUUUUAUCUCGGCAUAUUCGCAUUAAAUCCGCAGCCAAUCAAUUUCACGACCUUGAACGACCCUCAAACCAGCUUCAUGUCUUUACUCAAAAAUCAAAGCCAUAUCCCUAGUCUAUCCUACAGUUACACCGCCGGCGCGCCAUACCGACUGAACAAGGCCCUAGGUACACUUAUCCUGGGCGGAUACGACACUUCCAAAUUCCAGGACACUGACUCGUCUUAUGAUUUUAAUAGCGAUCAGACUAGAGAUCUCACAGUUGGCCUCUCAUCGAUAACGACAAAUAUUAGUGAGGAAUUAAACAUGUUGUCAUCAGGCUCCAUCAAUAUCUUUAUUGACACCUCUGUCGCUGAGAUAUAUCUCCCUGUAACAGCGUGUCAGGCAUUUGAAUCAGCCUUUAACCUGACAUACAACAGUACAGCAGGACUAUAUUUGGUCAAUGAUACUCUACAUAAGCAGCUUCUCACUGCCAACCCAUCGGUAAUAUUCACAAUCGAGGCAGCAGUUUUAGGUGGUUCAUCAGUUAACAUAACUUUGCCGUACGCUGCUUUCGACUUGACUGCUGAAUACCCGUUGGUAUCAAACAGUUCCUCGUACUUUCCGUUGAAACAGGCUGCCAAUGACACGCAAUACACCCUUGGACGCACAUUUCUUCAGGAAGCGUAUGUGAUUGUAGACUAUGAGCGGAGCAACUUCUCAGUCCACCCGCGUGUCUGGAAUGCCAGCGCAGCGUCAAAUAUCGUCACAAUAGAGCCUCUCUCAACACCCACAGCAACAGCUAGCAUUGGACCGAAAACAGGUAGUAAUAAAAGUAACGGUCUCAGCAGUGGUGCUAUUGCAGGAAUCGUUGUCGGGGCCAUCGUGGCAGCUAUUAUAGGAGCAAUCGCGGUUUGGUGGUUCUGUUUUGUGAUUCCUCGACGGAAAACGCAAAUGGAACAGAAUGAUCGCAUGCAUGCCAAUCGCGUUAGCGAACUUGAACCUGAUGCGAAGCUCAAGAACUGGGUUGAAGCGGACUCGAGUGCCUCACAAGAAGUACAAGGCAGUCAAGGGCAGGUCAAAGUUAUGAGCGAGAUGGGCUCGGGACAUCGAGCAGGUGGAGAGCUGAGUGGGCAUGAGUUACAUGAAUUGCAGGGCAGCGAUAUUCCUGAGCUGCCGGGUUGA